CCCGCGCAGGAGCGACUGCUGGUGCUGCCGCUGCCGCCGGAGCCGCCGCCGCCGCCGGAGCCUCCUCCUCCUCCAUUGUCCGGGCCGCGCCGGCCUGGGGGGCCCAUGGGCCCUUCCGCCCUGCAGCCUCGAAGCCACCGGCGGCCUGGGGCCUGAGCCGGGCUCGAGCUGGGAGGCACCAUGGGGGUGGACUUCGAUGUCAAGACUUUCUGCCACAACCUGCGGGCAACCAAGCCGCCCUACGAAUGUCCGGUGGACACCUGUCGCAAAAUCUACAAGAGCUACAGUGGGAUUGAAUAUCACCUGUACCAUUAUGACCAUGACAACCCACCACCUCCCCAGAGCACCCCACUGCGUAAGCACAAGAAGAAGGGCAGGCACGGCCGGGCGGCCAACAAGCAGUCGCCCAGCCCCUCCGAGACGUCACAGUCCCCGGGGCGUGAGGUCAUGACCUAUGCUCAGGCUCAGCGCAUGGUGGAGGUGGACCUGCAUGGCCGCGUGCACCGCAUCAGCAUUUUUGACAACUUGGACGUUGUGUCAGAGGACGACGAGGCCCCCGAGGAGGCCCCGGAGAACAACAGUAACAAGGAGAACACAGAAACCCCGUCCGUGGCCCCCAAAGCGGGCAAACACAAGAACAAGGAGAAGCGCAAGGACUCCAAUCACCACCACCACAGUGCCUCUGCGGGCAACACACCUAAGCUUCCGGAGGCUGUAUACCGUGAGCUGGACCAGGACACGCCCGAUGCUCCGCCUCGCCCCACUUCCUAUUACAGAUACAUUGAGAAGUCCGCGGAAGAGCUGGAUGAAGAAGUUGAGUACGACAUGGAUGAAGAAGAUUAUAUCUGGCUGGACAUCAUGAAUGAGCGGCGGAAGACGGAAGGGGUCAGCCCCAUCCCCCAGGAGAUCUUUGAGUACUUGAUGGACCGGCUGGAGAAGGAGUCCUACUUUGAGAGCCACAACAAGGGCGACCCGAAUGCCUUGGUGGACGAGGAUGCCGUGUGCUGCAUCUGCAACGACGGGGAGUGUCAGAACAGCAACGUCAUCCUCUUUUGUGACAUGUGCAACCUGGCCGUGCACCAGGAGUGCUAUGGCGUCCCCUACAUCCCCGAGGGCCAAUGGCUCUGCCGCCGUUGCCUCCAGUCGCCCUCCCGGGCCGUGGACUGCGCCCUGUGUCCCAACAAAGGGGGCGCUUUCAAACAGACGGACGAUGGGCGCUGGGCCCACGUGGUGUGCGCCCUCUGGAUUCCUGAGGUCUGCUUCGCCAACACAGUCUUCCUGGAGCCCAUUGACAGCAUAGAGCACAUCCCGCCCGCUCGCUGGAAGCUGACCUGCUACAUCUGCAAGCAGCGAGGCUCGGGGGCCUGCAUCCAGUGCCACAAGGCUAACUGCUACACGGCCUUCCACGUGACCUGCGCUCAGCAGGCUGUGCUCUACAUGAAGAUGGAGCCGGUCCGGGAGACGGGGGCCAACGGCACCUCCUUCAGUGUCCGCAAGACAGCUUACUGUGACAUCCACACGCCGCCUGGCUCCAUGCGCCGCCUGCCCACCCUCUCACACAGCGAAGGAGAGGAGGAGGAGGAGGAAGAGGAAGAGGAUGGGAAAGGCUGGAGUUCAGAGAAGGUGAAGAAGGCCAAGGCCAAGUCCCGAAUCAAAAUGAAAAAGGCCAGGAAGAUCCUGGCAGAGAAGAGAGCAGCUGCUCCAGUGGUGUCAGUGCCCUGCAUUCCUCCCCACAGGCUGAGUAAGAUCACCAACCGCUUGACCAUGCAGAGGAAGAGCCAGUUCAUGCAGAGGCUGCACAGCUACUGGACCCUGAAGAGGCAGUCCCGCAAUGGGGUGCCCUUGCUGCGCCGGCUCCAGACCCACCUGCAGUCGCAUCGGAACUGCGAGCCCGGGAGGCCGGCUCCUCCUCCUCCUCCUGUCUCCAAGACGGAGCAGCGGGAUAACACAGAGGAUAAGAACUGGGCCCUGAAAGAACAGCUGAAAUCCUGGCAGCGCCUCCGCCACGACCUGGAACGAGCACGCUUGCUGGUGGAGUUAAUUCGCAAGCGGGAGAAGCUCAAGAGAGAGACGAUUAAAAUUCAGCAAGUGGCGCUAGAGAUGCAGUUGACCCCCUUCCUCAUUCUCCUGCGCCGGACGCUCGAGCAGCUCCAGGAGAAGGACACGGGCAAUAUCUUCAGCCAGCCGGUCCCGCUGUCUGAGGUAACAGAACUCUACGAAGUCCCGGACUACCUGGACCACAUCAAGAAGCCUAUGGACUUUUACACCAUGAAGCAGAAGCUAGAGAGCUAUCGCUACUUGAACCUGGACGAGUUUGAGGAGGACUUCAAUCUGAUUGUCAGCAACUGCCUGAAGUACAAUGCCAAAGACACCAUCUUCUACCGGGCAGCGGUCCGGUUGCGGGAACAAGGAGGCGCCGUGCUCCGGCAGGCCCGCCGGCAAGCCGAAAAGAUGGGCAUUGACUUUGAGACAGGCAUGCACUUCCCCAUGGCUGGGGAUGAGGCCCCUCUGCGGAGCACCGAGAACGAUGAGGAACGGCUCCUGCUCUCUGAGAACCAGAAGCAUCUGCCCCUGGAAGAUCAGCUGAACCUCCUGCUGGAGCGCCUGGCCGAGGUGAGCGCCGGGAAGCAGAGCGUAGGCCGCUGUCGGCGGGCCAAGAUGAUCAAGAAGGAGAUCACGGCCUUGCGGCGCAAACUGGCCCACCAGCGGGAGACGGGGAGGGAUGGGCACGGCCCCUUGGCCCGCAUCAUUCUGCCCACCCAUAACCCUUGUGAGAAGGACACUCAAACCGACAGUGCCGCUGAAGAGAGCAGCAGCCAGGAAACCGGCAAAGGCCUUGGCCCCAACUCUUCCUCCACCCAAGCCCAAGAAGUGGGCAGAAGGACUUCCGUGCUUUUCUCCAAGAAGAAUCCUAAGACGGCCGGGCCCCCCAAGCGUCCUGGGCGUCCACCCAAGAACCGUGACAGCCAGCUUGCACCAGGCCACGGGAACAGCCCAGUGGGGCCCCCACAGCUGCCAAUCAUGGGCUCCCAGCGGCAGCGCAAAAGGGGGAGGAGCCCACGCCCCAGCUCCAGCUCGGACAGCGAUAGCGACAAAUCUGCUGACGAUGGACCUCUUGACCUGCCAGCCAAUGGCUUCAGCAGUGGCAAUCAGCCGGUCAAGAAGAGUUUCCUGGUGUAUCGCAGUGACUAUAACCUUCCUCGCAGCAGCUCUGACUCUGAGUCAAGCAGCACCAGCAGCAGCAGCGCCGCCUCUGACCGCACCAGCACUACCCCCUCCAAACAAGGCAGAGGGAAGCCCUCGUUUUCCCGCGUGAAUUUCCCAGAGGACAGCAGUGAAGACUCGUCAGGAACAGAGAAUGAGUCUUACUCAGUGGGUGCUGGCCGAGGGGUGGGCCAUGGCAUGGUGCGCAAGAGCAUUGGCCGAUCAGCUGGGUGGCUGUCUGAGGAUGAAGACUCUCCUCUGGAUGCCUUGGACCUGGUGUGGGCCAAAUGCCGAGGUUAUCCAUCUUAUCCAGCCCUGAUCAUUGAUCCUAAGAUGCCACGGGAAGGGAUGUUCCACCACGGUGUCCCCAUUCCUGUGCCUCCCUUGGAGGUGCUGAAGCUGGGAGAACAGAUGACUCAGGAAGCACAGGAGCAUCUCUACCUGGUCCUUUUCUUUGACAACAAACGUACCUGGCAGUGGUUGCCCCGCACCAAACUCGUGCCCCUGGGUGUAAACCAGGACCUGGACAAGGAGAAGAUGCUGGAAGGACGCAAAUCAAACAUCCGCAAAUCUGUCCAGAUCGCCUACCAUCGUGCCAUGCAGCACCGCAACAAGGUGCAAGGAGAGCAGAGCAGCGACUCCAGUGAGAGCGACUGACCCUCCGAGGGGCUCCCGCCCUGGGUGCUCGCUUUGUGCAGCUGGACUGUACGGGGGAGAGGGCGGUGGGGAGCUCCAGCCUUGAGACGCCUGGGCCUUUGGCCAGGCCGCAGGAGCACGUGCAGAGCACCCGACGGCCCCUGUAGUGUGCUGGGCACACCCACAGAGCACUGCGCCCUCCACGUGGGCAAGCCUACCUCUUGUGCCAGCCUGCCCUUCCUUGUUCCAUAUCUGGCAUCGCCCUGACCAGCUGCGUGAGCAAGACCCAGCUGCCUGUAUAUCUCUCUCCCGAGGACAAGCCCCCUCCCCCCUCCGCCCUGGGUCCUGAGGCUCUAGGCCGUUGUAAAAUACUGUACUAUAGUGGGAGAAUGUAAAUUAUUUGGGCUGCUCUAUACCCACACAUACAGAACCUGGUUCCCGUUCUCCCCGCCCCCAGUCCCUGGCAUCAUUGCACCUCUCAAAGAUACAUCAGCCUUUCCUUGGCCCAGCCCGACCGACAUUCUGCAGAGCAGGGCCGCUGUCUUUUCACUCGCACAUUUUGAUACUAUAGCUUUUUGGAACUUGGCUCUGCCUGACCCCCCAACCCUUUAGGAAUCCGGCUCUUCUUUCUGCUGCAGCCGGGUGGGCAUUUGUACUUGUAUUUAUUUUGAAGGAAGAAGAUCUCUAUUGAUUCUUAGAAAAUAAAAUGGCUCUUUUGGAA